AGAACAUUCGUCUAUCUUUGUUUUAUUCUUGUUGUUCUGGUUGGCUCUCUUGGCUCGCUCUCACCUCUCCUUAUUUACCUACCUGCUAGCCAUGACACACCUGAGCACCACCGAGUGCAUUAUAGUGGACGAACUGUAUUGACCACCUUUAUUAAACCAAAUCAAUUAAUACUUAUAAGAACAUUUGCUGAAACAGCUCUCUUGUAACUCAAUUACGUUUUCCGAGGAUUUGAGAUGAAGAGUUAAUGACAAUGUCGGAAGGAACUGCAAAUGAACCCUCCAGAGAUGGACUCGACGGCAUAAGCCUGAAUAAAACGAUUACCACGAGCGUAUAUGGAACGUCUGUGGGAACUUCAAUUAGCAGGGGUGCCGAAUCGUCUUCGCAAUACGCCGAGCAGACUGGAGAUGAAGAUGGACUCAGUGUUAUAAAUGACGACGAGUCCAUAUUCACUCACCCUCGACAUGGCUUCGAAGAAGAAUACAACAAUGAGGAGUAUAUCAAUAUGCUGGAACAGGUUUUCUACAUGUACUAUGCCGACAAACGGAAUUUCGGCCUUUCACGGACGAAGAAUAAGGAAAAAAAGUACGUUAUCCAGGACUGGAGAAUGCGUGAUCGCCUGAAAACCGUUUCAGCCGCGUUGUUUGUUUGUCUGAAUAUUGGCGUUGAUCCUCCAGACAUCAUUAAACCAAAUCCUGCUGCCAAGUAUGAGUGUUGGAUUGACCCGUUUUCAUUACCAGCUUCCAAAGCCUUAGAAGCUAUUGGUAAGAAUCUGCAGCAGCAGUAUGAAACCUUGAGUAUGCGGACUCGUUACCGGCAUUACCUUGAUCCCUCUAUUGAAGAGACCAAGAAACUGUGCAUUGGACAGCGGAGAAAUGCAAAAGAAGAGCGUAUCCUCUUCCAUUACAAUGGUCAUGGCGUCCCAAUGCCUACACCUUCGGGCGAAAUUUGGGUAUUUAACAAAAACUACACCCAGUACAUUCCGGUUUCUAUCUACGACCUUCAAUCAUGGCUUGGUGCACCAUGCAUCUACGUUUACGAUUGUAGCGCCGCAGGGAACAUUAUCAUCAACUUCAAUCGGUUUGCUGAGCAGCGUGAUCGCGAAGCUGCUCAAGUACUAAAACAGGGAGGUGCGUCUGUCUCAACCCCUUCACACUCUAACAGUAUUCAACUGGCUGCCUGUGGCCCCAAUGAAGUCCUUCCCAUGAACCCAGAUCUCCCGGCAGAUUUGUUUACAUCUUGUUUAACGACACCCAUUGAAAUAUCUGUGCGAUGGUACAUUCUGCAAAACCGCCUUCCAACGAAGCUUACUUUGGACAUGGUGUUAAAAAUCCCUGGACGACUUCAGGACAGAAGAACACCGUUGGGAGAGUUAAACUGGAUAUUCACUGCCAUUACAGAUACAAUAGCCUGGAACACGUUCCCAAAACAUCUGUUUCGUCGACUGUUCCGUCAGGAUCUCAUGGUUGCGGCCCUUUUUCGAAACUUUUUACUCGCACAGCGAAUCAUGCGCGUUCACAAUUGUCAUCCUCAAUCUAGUCCUGAGCUUCCUAGUACCUACAAUCAUCCCAUGUGGAACUCGUGGGAUCUUGCCAUUGACAAUUGUCUUUCUCAGUUACCCGCCUUGUUGGACGCAGAGAGCAAGGGUUUGCCUUAUGAGUAUGUUCAUUCCACCUUCUUUAGCGAACAGCUUACGGCCUUUGAAGUCUGGUUGUCCCAAGGUGUUGUGACUAAAAAGCCUCCCGACCAACUUCCUCUUGUGCUUCAAGUUCUUCUGUCACAAGUCCACCGUUUGCGAGCGUUGAUUCUACUGUCUAAAUUUUUGGAUAUAGGCGUUUGGGCCGUUGACUUGGCUUUGUCCAUUGGUAUUUUUCCUUAUGUGUUAAAGCUUUUGCAAUCUCCUGCAAUUGAAUUAAAGCCAGUCUUAGUGUUUAUAUGGGCGAGAAUACUUGCAGUCGAUAGUUCGUGCCAGGCCGACUUAUUGAAGGAUAACGGAUACGGUUAUUUUGUGCAAAUUUUGAACCCAAACGCCAGCAUAUUUCCUUCAAGCAACAUUUCCGAACAUCGGGCCAUGUGUGCGUUUAUCUUGAGUGUAUUUUGUCGAGGCUUCCCGCAAGGACAACUGGCUUGCCUUGGUCCACAGGUCUUGGGACACUGCUUAGCACACCUGCAAAGUGAUGACCCGCUUUUACGCCAGUGGUCUUGUCUUUGUGUAUCACAGCUUUGGGACAAUUAUUCUGAAGCGAAGUGGUCCGGUAUUCGUGACAAUGCUCACCGCAAAUUGGCUGAUAUAUUGAAUGAUCCAGUUCCGGAGGUGCGCGCUUCUGCAAUUAUGGCUUUUACCACCUUUUUGGGUUUUCCUGAAAAAACAGAUGAGGUCGUUGCCGUAGAAUCUUAUGUCACUUUUGCUUCGUUAUCAGUCUUGAACGAUGGUUCGCCUCUGGUACGGAAUGAGCUUAUUAUAUUCUUAUCGCACUUGGUUACGUGUUAUAAAAACUGCUUCGUUCUUGCUUCCAUUGAGUCCACUUUAAAAGAGUUUGGACUUCAAAACAAGAGUGAGGGACUCUUAGACUCACAAUCUGUAUUUUAUGCUUCUUGGGAUGCUAUUUUGUGUCUAGCUGCUGACCCUUACAUUGAAAUCGCUUUGGCAGCUCAAAAAAUUGUGGACUAUGUAUACACCCUUGCCUGCAAGUCACCGGCAGGUUCUUGUUUCGCGAAAAUCAUUAAGGAAAAGUUAGGAUCUGACAAACUUUCUUCUCAUUGUUUCCCUUGUUCCCAUUCUGACACGCGUUCGCUGGAGGCGGAUUCAAUGUCUAAAAAAUCGACUGCAUCUCACAAGGAACCGAAGAUUAAACGUACUUUCUCUUUGGCAAGAUCAUUGCGUAAUAUGGCUUUUGGAAUUCCAUCAAAUGAUACAGGAUCUAUUGCCGAAACCUCUUCGAUUACUGAGCAAAGUAACAAUCACGAAACGAAGCAUCCUCCUCCGGCCAACUUUGACGAAGCAGUCUAUAAGGCUUCACUUAAAAUACCCCUUCAAAGUCGUUUGUUCGACGUAUCUCGAGAGUAUUUCACAGAGCCGCAAAUGCGGCCCAAUGAAGAUGACGAGCCUGGAAGUAUCUGUUAUAACCAACGUCUUUGGAGACGUAACCGGAAUGAGCGGUUAAUCUACAGAACUCGUCCUCUUGCCGAUGUUGCUACCAAUACUUCUUGGAACCAACAGAUUCCUUCUAUCCAAAAUAUCAGCAAGCCAGUUAAGCUGCUUCUUCAUCAGUUCGAAAACCAGCUUGUCACUGCUGAUGAUAACAACGUUAUCCAAGUAUGGGAUUGGUAUCGAACACGUCGGUUAAAUAGCUUUGUGAAUGAGUCGUCACCGAGUGCCCAAAUAACUGACCUAAAAUUUAUAAACGAGGACGAUGUUGCGCUCUUACUUAUAGCAAACUCACAAGGUAUUAUUCGGUUGUUCAGAAAUUAUGACCAGGAGAAUGUUGAACUGGUGACUGCGUGGAGGGCGUUGAGUGAUCUUGUUCCUCCGUCUAUGCCUACUUAUAUGCUCACGAGCUGGCAACAAAACAGCGGACAUCUGUUGGUUACUGGUGACGCUCGUGUUAUCCGGAUAUGGGACGCUUCUCGUGAACUUGCCGUGUGUGACAUUCCUGCACGAACGAGCAAUCGAAUCACUAGUAUAACUAGUGAUCUUGUUGGAUGCAACAGUUUGGUCGCGGGCUUUAAUGAUGGUGUUGUUCGAGCCUACGACAAACGUUUGAAUCCCCGGGAUUCGAUGGUACAGUGUUGGAAGGAACACCGAGGCAGAAUUGUGAAUGUCGAGAUGCAAAGCUCGGGAAUGCGUGACCUUAUCUCCGGAAGUGCGAAUGGACAAAUAAAACUCUGGGACAUUCGUUAUCCAAAGAGUCUCGCAACAUCAAAUGGUUCCAAUGAGCACCUUGUUUCACUGUCCACACAUCAUCAUGCACCUGUUUUUGCAAGCGGAACGGCAGCACACUCAAUCAAAAUUUGGAGAAUGGAUCGAACUAGUUUCCGAGAUACGCCUACAUAUUUGAGCCAGUCUAAAAUUGGUUCAAUAACUGACAUGAUGUUUCAUCCACAUCAUCUUCUUUUGGCAUGUGCUGAAAGUACAGACAAUCGUAUUAACUUUUACACUUGUACGAAAAACGAAAUAAUGGAUCAGCUGUAUUGAGCGGUAUCUGCUUUUUGUCAAUUUAUGACUGCUAAACACCUUCUGCAUGAGUUUCUGUGUUUAUAAUUUUUCUUUUUGGUUAGCGUGAACUGUAAUGCCUCUUGGGUUUGGAUUCUUCUUUGGUCAACUUUUGGACUCCUUUCUUUUAAUCAAAUAUACUAACAAUCUAAUGAAAGAAUCAGGCCUUUUUUAAAUAAAUGUCUAUAAAGUGUUUCUCUGUUGUAUAGCUUAUUAUUGUGGGAAAGGCAGUUUUGACGGUAUGAUAGAAUAAACAAGGUGAGUCGGGUUUAUCUCUGUUUUAUCGUUUGUACUUCACGGAAAGAACUAAUUAUUUGGUACUUUAUUUCAUAAAACAUUUAAGAAUAAAUUUGAGAAACUUGUUAUUGUUUCAUUUGAAAAAAAAAUAACCAAAGAAG